AGCGCUUAUGACGUAGGACAUGUCUCACCAGACGUUGCUUUGCUCCAGUACGCUGCAGUCUCCAAACUUCCGUCUGAAAAUCCCGCGGCAGACAGCGUAUCAGCCCACUCUCGCAGCGUUCGUAUCGAGGAGCAGGCCAGCGCUUACAGCAGGGGUUCCGAUAGAUAG